AUAAAAAAACAACUCACAAUGUCAUUGCUGGAGCAAUAUGAAAAGCAAUAUUCAAUAUUAAUUGCCGAAAUCACCAGUCAAAUUGGCCGUUUAACACUGACAAAUGAAGGCAAGGAACUGUGCAAUAAAAUCGAUUCGAGCCUUACCGAGGCUCAGGAGCUGUUGGAACAAAUGCAAUUGGAGAUACGGGAUUUGGCACCGGCACAAAGAACCACAGCCACCAGCAAAUUGAAUUGUGCCCAAGUGGAAUUGAAACGUCUGCAGGGUGAAUAUGCCAAGGCGAAAGAGACAAGCAGGAAGAAACAGGGAGCUCUAGAUUUCCAAACAGCAGCUGGUGAUUAUGAUGAUUACGAGGAUGUGGCCAUUAGCAAUGAUCAACGCCAGCGGCUGCUGGAGAAUUCCGAAACAAUUGAACGAACGGGUAAUCGCCUGCAGGAGGGUUAUCGUGUCGUUAUAGAAACCGAAACUUUGGGUGCUCAAAUUCUCAGUGAUCUCCAUUCACAACGUGAAACCAUACAGAAUGCCCGUUCACGUUUAAGGGAAACCAAUGCUGAACUGGGUCGGGCAUCACGGACCUUGAACACAAUGAUGUUGCGGGCACUGCGCGAAAAGGCUGUCCUAUAUGUGGUGGGUGGUGUAUUCGGGGUGGCCGUUGUUGUUAGUCUAUAUUUAACAUUUUCAUCACCCACCUCAACAACAAAUUCAUAA